AUGACGACCCGCCGGUCUGUCAAAGUGGGCGGCCAUGUCGGCGUGCUCACGGGCCGCCGCAACCGCCAGGACACCAUGUUGUCGAUCCGGAAAGCCAAGAAAGAAGACGCCUAUGCCAUGCGGCGCAACCUCAAGGCCAACCAACCCCCGGCCGCCGCGCAGACUGCGAGUCGCAAGGAGCUGCUCCUGAAUUUGGCCUCUCGGUCGCAGGCUUUGCUUCUCGGUAUCGAGCAUUCCGACGCGCUGACACGACAAAAAGCCAUGCGGGCAUUUGUCUACCUGCUGUCCAGUGGUGUACCACCGCUGUUUAAUAAGAGCGACUCGCAACAUGAAGGGCUGUGGCACACGAUUUUGGCUGCUUUGCCGUCUUUUGUAGCCAUUUUGAACGAACACCUCGUGGAUGCCAAUGCCAUGCAGCUACACUCGGACGCUGCGUUUGCACUGCGCUUUAUCUCGUCGAUGGACAAAGCCGAUGCGGUCAUCACGUCGGGGGCCGUGCCGAAGCUCGUGCAGCUGUUUCAAUCUGGUAUCUCGGAGCUGCAAAUUCAAGCUGCGUGGUGUCUCGGCAAUAUUGCAUCGGCUUCGGCCGAGUGUUGCAAGGAAAUUGUCAAGUUUUGUCCGCCGACUAUUGUCCUCCCGCAUAUUCGGAUGGCGACGCCGGCUCUUCGGCGCGCUGCCGUGUGGCUGCUGCGUAGUCUUGUGGAGUUUCCGGAGGUUUUGGAUACGAGUGGCGUUAUGGUCCCAAACACUAAGCGGGAGAUGAUGGACGUACUCUCGAGCAUCAUUCGCCAGCUAUCGAACGAAAAGGUGAGCAACUUUGCGUCGUCGAGCGGUCAAGAGAGCGAUGCAAGCAAGAUGAAAGAAGGAGUGGCAGUUGCUCCGUGGCGGAUCUUUGAGAUCAACACAGGAAAGCCAGCUCCGAACGAUCUUGCCGUCGUGCGGUGCGUGCGCGAAGUGGAUGAAUUGACCGUGGAAGUCAUGGAUGUUGACGUGAACUACGAGACGGGCGAAAAUAUGGUGUUCCAGGCAAAGAAGGCAGACAUGCGUCCACUGCAAGUCAUGGACGAUGUGAUCGGCGAAGAUGAGGACGAGGACGACGAGACAGAUCUUUUGGACGAGCAACUGCUUACGCUCUGCGACAGCUGCUGGGCACUGGUCGAAAUGACGCUGCACGACAGCGACGUUGUUGGCGGGAUCGUCAACGCAAGUUUGUGCCCCCGACUUGUUGAGCUCCUGCACAUUUCUCAGAGUAGCGUCAUCCUCGCACCGGUUCUGCGACUACUGGGCAACAUUGUUUCUGCAGAGAUCUCGUUUUCCCAGGCCGUGAUUGAUGCAAAGCUGCUCGACGUGAUCCCGAGGGUUAUGACCGCAACGAGUCGUGCCGUGCGUGAGGAAGCAUGCUGGAUGCUGUCGAACAUUGCUGGUGGACAAGAAGAGCAGGUAGUCGCCAUGAUGAACGCCACUGGCGUAAUUGCCGGGUUAGUGGAGCAGAUGUCGUGGGCAGAGUACGGUGUGAAGCGCGAGGCUACGUGGGCUAUAUGCAACCUGAUUGUGCGCGCUAAUCUCGAUUUUGUCAAGAAAGUCGUGCAAAUGGGCGUGUUGCAGCUGUUCUGCCCGCUCCUUGACGAGUGGGAAGACCCGUUGGUGGAGCUGGUCAUUCUAGAGGCAGUCGAGAGCUUGUUGCAAAAGGAUCCACAGGAAGGCCGUCUUGCCGUCGAGGAGAGCGGAUGUCUGGCCAAAAUAGAGGAACUGUCGUACGACCAGAAUGACGAUGUAAGCAGCAUGGCGUCGCAGCUGCUUGACACGUGGUUUGACAACGAGGACGACGAGACAGAUCCGACACUAGGCCCGGCCGUGGUGGAAUCCGAGCAGACUGGCGCAGCACUUGGUUUCCAGCCCGUGCAAAGCGACGUCCACUUCGAUUUCAAUCGGAGUUGA